CCGUUGGGGGCCAUGCAAGCUGAGUUGCAGCGACUGCAACUCUUAACGAAUGACAUCCCAACGAUGAAGAUGGAUCUGGAGUUGUUGCGUGCAGACCUGGAGGCGCUGCAAAGCGGGCUGCCACCCUUGGACGUGGAGCCCCUGGUCCGUCAGGUCGUGGCGCAGGAGCUCCGAAGGCCGACGAGUUCGAACCCGGCGCCGCUUCAGAGUCAGGAGGACUCCGACGACUCUGGCGAGGCGGCUUUCCUGGGCCCCCCCAACGCGGAGCCGCUGCAGCACAUCGUCCACCGCGAGGCGGAGGCGACGGGGGAAGCGGUGCGGCUGCUGGGGCUGGAGACGGUGAGUUUCCAGAAGUCCAUCUGGGACGCUGCGGUGAUUGUGAUGCUCCAUGCCGGUGGUGGUGCGCGGAAGGUGGUGGGCAAUUUCAAUGUGGUGCUGUCCUUCUGCUUGCUGCUGGUGAACAUCGGCAUCCAGUGUGGCCUGGUGCUGGCAGUGAAUUCCAUGGCGGACCAGGACCCACUACACAGCCUUUGGAUCGGCGUGCUGCGGAGCCAACGGCUGGAAGAUCAGGCCUAUGAGCGUUUUGAUCGGAAGGAUCUGAUCACAAGGACCCAGAAGCUUUGUGGUGCCAAGAUCCACAACGAAAUGCAAACCACCACUGAGUGGUUGAAGGAGUACCUGAAUGAGGGACAGAUCUUUGGCAAACUCCCAGGUCAAUACAUCUGUCUGCUGGCCAUGUUCGUUUGGAUCAUCGACAUCGGCAUCGACCUGCGCCGCACGCUCCACGAUUUGGCCUUGGUUGUGCUGUCGCUGCCGCAGACCAAAAGCACGCGCUACGAUCUGCGCGAUGGCAAAUACAUCAUCACUGGCGUCUCGUUUCUGCAGAAGGUCUUCGCUUUGAUGGUGGUGAUUUUGCCUCGAACGCUGAUCGCAGUGUUCCUUAUGUGGUUUGGGCUCAUAUAUCUUGCGGGCACUCUGAACGUGGACGACCUGAUUGUGAACGUCAUGGCGUUGCACUUCGUCACCCAGGUGGACGAGUUUCUGUUUGAAGCGCUGGUCCCACGGCGCAUGGCCAACAUGGUGAACUCUAUGGCGAUUCAGGUCUACGUCUCGCAGCACCACACCUUGCUGCCCUCGGAGCUUCUGCGUGGUCGCGUGGGCGUGAGCGGGUGCCUGCCGCCCGAGAGCCGACGGGGUCUGAGUCUGUCCAUCCAAAGCUUCUACGCACUCUUCAGGGUCUUUUACAUCCUGGCCAUUCUGCUGGCCUCCUGGUACUAUUUCUUGCAGCCCGUGCAGGCCUCGGCGCAGAAUGCCUACGAGGCCCUCUGUGGCCAUGACACCACCUUCACCUACAUGCUCCACCCUGUGACCGGCACGCCGCUCUUCGCCCAUGUGGACCUGUUGGAACCGGGCCGACGCGAUCGGGAGGAGCUGCGCUGUUUCUAUGCCGCGCAGUAUGAGAUGGUGAAGAUAAGGGCAGGAUUUCAAUCCGACUUGAUGCCAGAGAAUAGCACCCUGAAUGCGAUGAUCGCAGGCUUCCAUCCGGCGUGUCACUUCGAGGCCUCCAGCAUCGGUGCGCGCGCCUGUCCGGAAGAGAGUCUGUCGUACUUCGAGCGCGCCAAACUGUUGGGCGAGGAGGGCUUCUACCGCAACCCCCAGGAGUGUCGGGACCAGGACGUGUUCUUUCAGGUGCUCCGUGGCGUAUGUAGCCACCCGAAGUUCACCCAGCAGAGCGCUGGAGAACUGGAUUUCUUUCGAGAAACCUUCAGCUGCAGCGAUCUCAGGGGUCUCUGUCAUUUCAGCCCCAGCCAUGCCAUCUCCUUGCCGUGGUUCUGGCAGCUGCAGAAGACUUGUCCUAUGACCUGUGGCAUGUGCGCAGCGGCUGCACCCAGGUCCUUCAGCCAUCGCGCGUCUUCGCUUAAAGCCCAACCGUGGCUUUGCUGUCCUGGUUCCGUGCUGAUUAGAGGUCCAAUGCCACAAGUGAUGAAUGACAUUACCAACCUUUGUGGAGGCGUGGAGAGUCAUUGCGAAAAGCAAAAGGUGACCCACACCGGACUCGGCGGCAAAGAGAACCAGGAGCCGCCAAGCUUGACCGGCAAAGGCGCUUUCUGUCCAGUAAAGGCGACCAAGCCUCGUGAGGCUCAGAUCUGGGAUAUGAUCUACAACGUGACUCACGACCUGGUGCGCUGCUGGGCCAUGAAUCGUGGUGAUGGUGCAGGUGAGGUCACGCCUUGGAUGCACAACUCCGUGGCGAAGUUUGGAAAUUUCGGGCCACGCGUGCAACAAGCUCUGUUACAUGGACCACCGGAUCUUCCUCCUCCACCACCACCUCCGGUGGGCAUUUGGGCCGUUGAGAUGCACUUCCCCAGCGAGAACUGGACGGAUGAUGGGCCGAACAAGGAGAUCAAGGACUUGACAUCUGACACCUUGUUGCUAGGUCCUUGUCACGAGCAGAUGGAACAGCUUAGGCCCAAUGCAGAGGACAUUGAUGAGUGCCUGACUCCGGAAGAAAGGCAAAAUUCUCUUCUGUGGAUUUCUCAGGUAUGCACCUUGCACAAUUUGGAUGACUGCGUUUUCCAAGAAUGUGUGAUGCUCUUCGACCGCUACGUUGCAGCCUCCCAGGACAGGACCUUGUUGGACGAUGACCAGUGCAAGUACGUUGCAAUCUUCAACAUUGCUCGUAAGGUGGCUGGCGCGGCCGCGGGCAACAACUACUGCCCCGGCAGCCUCGCCAAACGCCUGGGUCCUGAGAAGUUCUCCCAAAUACUGGCUGCGGAACUGCAUAUUCUCAAGGUCUUGGACUACCAGACGGUGGGUCAUUCCGCCUUGGACUUUCUCGAGAGCCUUGUUUUCUCUCUUGAAAGGCAUGGACGGCAAGAGCUCCGCAACGCUGAAUCUCCAUUGAAGUGCGUGGCCAAAUUCCUGUUGCAACUGGCGCUGGGGAAUGCGACUCUGCUUCAUAGGUAUCCCUACGCCAUUCUGGCUGCUGGAGCUGUGUACGUGGCCUUGUGGUGCACACAGGCCAGCCCAGAACGUUUCCUUGUCCUCAUGCAGGAUGUCGUUGCAGCCAUGACACCCACCGACUUGCUCGACGAUGAGAUCGGAGGUGAGCUGGGCAUCUACGGAGGUGAUGAACAUUGGAUGUGA